UGAAGUCGGCUAAAACACGCCUCACCGAUCUCCAAGUAAUGUCCAUCCGCGCCUUCACGCUCUUCUGAUCACACUCUCAGUUAAGAGAACCAGAAGAAAAUACGACAGUCCAUUUUUCAUUCAUAAUUCUUAUGAAACACAGGUGCUAUAGCUGCGUGAGUAGGUUCCUCUGAUUUCUGAUUUAACAUCCUCAUCCGUAGUUAGCAAUAGGAUAUUCAACUCCUUCAAGAACGAUGAGUGCCUGGAAAUACCUUUCAAUUGUUUUCGUUUAUCACGUGGUUUCUGGACACAUGGGUCGAGACCACUCUGGUGCCAGUCGAUGGUAUCAGAGAACGGUGAAAAUCAAGGACCCGUUCGACAAAUUUACUGAAGAAUCACUGGCCCUUGGUCAUCAGCUCACACUGCCAAAGCCUGGCGAGAGUGGUUUCAGUGGAUCAGAUGCUAUAUUACCGCCGACCACUGUUCCGCCCACGUUAGAUCCGUUCCUGAAUUAUGACUAUGGAUUUGAUUAUCCAUCCGUGACUCCAUCAACCUCUACCACAGACAAAAGCGGAAAAACCACGGCCAAAACGUCACAAACGUCGCAGGUGGAUAGUAUGGUUCAAAACCUUGAAUUUAUUAAUCCAGUCCAAGGGGACACGUUUUCGGUCACGUUCAAUCCUUUACCAACACUAAUAUACCCUUCACAACCUGGGGAUUUUUUGAAUCUCGAAAGAACAAAGCUUUAUCCUGAAUCUUAUGAAAAUAAACACAACCUGGGAACCUUCAAAGAUUCCAAAAGCAACACUCUGCACAACGACAUUGACUUUUUUGCAAAGUUGAAAAACGAAAGGAAACGUAUCCUUGCAGAAAGACUUGUACGAAACAUUGAAAAACCUCUUGAUUUUGGCGCAAAAAAUAACUUUGUGGACCCUCUUUGGUUGUAUCUUCUGGCGUCACAAUAACUUUGGAAUAUGACGUCAUAAUCUACAAACUAUUUAUUUUCUGUGAUACGUGCAAUAUAUAAUUUGUUGUACGAAGAAUGAUUCAUUACUUAUCACUUAUUUACAGGUAGGGUGUUCAAAUUAGGAGCUAAAUAUUUCACAUACAGUUUAAAUAUUGUAUAGUUAAUAUAGCAUAAUGGGAGAUAUAAGAUGAUUUGUUAUAUCAAUGCACAUAUUUUAUGUUUAUUGUUUUUGUUGACAUUUUAUAGAACACGUUUUUUUCACAUUUUGUUGAUUAAACAGGAUGUAACUUGUAAAA